CGGCACGCGUGAACUGUCAACUGUGUUGUCCUGUCAACGUCACUGUCAUUGAGCUACUGUCAAGGUGUCAAGCCACCAAGUGUAAUGAAGAUUUUGGAAUCUUUGUUUUUUGAUAAACCAUUAAAUAAGUCAUACCAAAAGUAUUCAAUAUUAUUUUGCAGUACAUCCAGCGUGAAUCCUACAGUAUUUUAGACGUGUGAUACUUAUUGAACUAUUUUAACUCCGCCCUUAUUGAAGGACAUUUCUAUUUCGAAAGUUGUGCUGUCAUUUUGUUUGUUGAAUAGUUUUACAAAAAAGUAUGUCAAAAUUAAAAUCCGGAUAAAAAUUAGUGUACGGUUGAUUGGGCAUUUCUAUUUCAGUGAAAUCGUGAGAAUGUUUUAUGCGGAACUCUGCUUACAUUACAAGUUCUCCACUCAACAAUACUGCAGAUAAGGAGUCUUAUCAGACUCGCUUUGCCAGCAAAACAUUCUAGAGCGUUAAACAAUAUGUUAAUAAGUCGGAGGUCCAAUUCAUGACGAAGAAUUAAAUUUUAGUAAAACAUGUUAUUCUCUGAAAGUGUACUUUUCAUUUGUAUCUUUGUUAGUACUCUGCUUGUAUCAUUCCAAAUCUGUCUGUGUGAAGAUGUGAAGCAUAUGACUAAGGAGGAGCGAGUGCUCCUCAGAGAGGAGGCGAGAGAUAUGUUUUAUCACGCGUACAAUGCAUAUAUGGAGAAUGCCUAUCCUGCAGAUGAACUAAUGCCUCUUAGCUGUGCUGGAAGAUACAGAGGAGUAUCACCAAACCGAGGUGAUAUUGAUGACUCAAUGGGAAACUUUUCGCUAACAUUGAUUGACACACUGGACACAUUGGUGGUACUUGGUGAUCUGGCAGAGUUCGCACAUGCAGUAAAACUUGUGAUUAAGGAUGUCUGUUUUGACAAUGACAUUGUGGUUUCAGUUUUUGAGACAAACAUCAGGGUUUUGGGUGGUCUAUUGUCGGCACAUAUUCUGACUGAUUAUCUUCAACAAAGAGAUGGAAUUAUGCCUUGGUACAAAGGUGAACUGCUCAGUAUGGCAAAAGAUGUGGGAUACCGUUUAUUGCCUGCUUUCAACACUACAACCGGCAUACCAUAUGCAAGAGUGAAUUUGAAGCAUGGCAUAAAAUCGGAUCGUUUGGAGUAUGCGCGCGAGACUUGUACAGCAUGUGCCGGAUCAAUGAUUUUAGAGAUGGCAGCUCUGUCUCGACUGACAGGAGAACGGGAGUUUGAGGAACGCGCUCACAAGGCGAUGGAUGCCUUAUGGAAAAUGAGACACCGCGGUUCUGAUCUCAUGGGAACAGUACUAAACGUGCAUUCAGGCGAUUGGGUACGAAGGGAUUCGGGCGUAGGGGCAGGAAUAGACUCCUAUUAUGAAUACUGCUUGAAGGCGUACAUUCUGUUAGGUGACAAUAAGUACCUGAACAGAUUCAACCGUCACUACAACGCGGUCAUGAAGUAUAUCUCUCAGGGACCUUUGCUGUUGGAUGUUCACAUGCAUCGGUAAGAUAAGAUUGGCGUCAAAUUUGGAUAUAUUUCUUGCAGUAGUAAUUGAAAGAGGCAACUUUGAAGUUGUAAGGAUACACUGAAAUUUAAAGAACACAGACCUCAUACGAACUCCCGUAAUUACAUGGAUGCCUUGCUGGCUUUUUGGCCAGGUCUGCAAGUUCUCAAAGGUGACCUGAAACCAGCUGUCGAAACGCACGAAAUGCUUUACCAAGUCAUGCAACGCCACAAGUUCAUCCCGGAGGCGUUCACCACCGAUUUUCAAGUACAUUGGGGCAACCACCCGCUAAGGCCCGAGUUCUUGGAGUCCACCUAUUUCUUAUACACGGCUACGGGAGAUCCUUACUAUCUAGAGGUCGGGAAAAAUGUGUUGAAAAGCUUACAGAAAUACGCCAGAGUGCCUUGUGGUUACGCCGCUGUGAACGACCUUAACAACUGGAAAACAGAAGACAGGAUUGACUCGUUUGUACUAGCAAGGAGACGGUUGAAAUAUCUGUUUCUCUUAUUCUCUGACAAAGAUGAAAUAGUUUUGAAUUAUGGACGAGUUCAUUUUUACUACCGAAGGACACUUACUUCCCUUGAGCCUCUCUGGUCAUACAGCAAAUGUUCCCAAAAUCACGAAACGGAAGUUCACGACGAGAUGUCCAUGAGCUGUCCUACACUCUCAAGCCUGUUGCUCCAUCAGAGUCUUUCAGGAAACCAUUGCAGAAUAUGGUGGACGGCAUGUGUCCAGAAGACAUCCGAGACGAAGGUUGACAGCUGCGGAUUUUCGGCUGCAAUAUUAAGUCACUGAAGGCUGAUCAAAGAAUGGGGAUCAACAUUGUUGCGAUGAGCGAUGACGCGUGCAAUUAUUACAUACAUUUUCUUCGG